AACUCACACACAAAAUAUAUUUUCUUCUAAUAUAUAAAUAAAUAUUCCGCAGCGAGCGAGCGAGAGACGUAGAUAUUUAUGUUCUUCGGUAUUGAAAGCGCUUUUCUCUGCAGAAAUUAGGGUUUCUGGAUCUUCGACUACCUACGCCACAUUCUAGGGUUUUGUCCUUCAGGGUUUUUGAAAUUUACUGGUUCUAGUUCGUGGAUAUACUGGUUUUUCAAGGACGGGUUUGUGCGGGCUGUGAAUUUAUUCUGAUUUGGGUCUUGGGUUGAAAGGGAAUUGCUGGGAAUUUGUCAUGAGUAAACGAGCUUCAUGGGCGGAUUUGGCUGCAAACUCUGCGGCUGAGAAUGCAGCUACUGGGUCUUCUUCUGCUAACAAUGGGGUUGUAGGUACCGCAUCGGCCCCUUCCCGGAGCACGUAUGUUCCUCCACAUCUUCGGAACCGCCCACCUGCUUCUGACCCGCCUGCUCCAGCUAACACUGGACCUGUUAUUAAUGAUCGAUCUGGUGGUGGGUCACGAUGGGGUGGUGCUCCUAGGAAUGAUUAUGGUCGAGCUGGGUAUGGUGGGGGUGGCCGCGGUGGUGGAUGGGGCGGCAGAAGUGGUGGUUGGGACCGUGGGAGAGAUCGGGAAGUGAACCCUUUUGGAGAUGAUGACGAUACAGAGCAGCCAUUUAGUGAGCAAGAGAACAGUGGCAUUAACUUUGAAGCCUAUGAUGAUAUUCCAGUGGAGACAAGUGGUGAUAAUGUGCCCCCACCAGUAAAUACCUUUGCGGAGAUAGAUUUGGGUGAUGCACUUAAUCAGAAUAUUAAGAGGUGCAAGUAUGUGAAGCCAACUCCUGUGCAGCGGAAUGCUAUCCCGAUCUCCCUUGGCGGGCGGGACUUGAUGGCUUGUGCGCAGACUGGUUCUGGCAAGACAGCUGCUUUCUGUUUCCCAAUUAUUAGUGGAAUUAUGAGGGGCCAGAGCGUACAGAGACCACCCCGUGGGGCUCGUACAGUGUAUCCACUUGCUCUUAUUCUCUCUCCAACUAGGGAGCUCUCAAUGCAAAUACACGAGGAAGCUAGGAAAUUUUCGUAUCAGACGGGUGUUAGAGUCGUCGUUGCUUAUGGAGGUGCACCAAUUAACCAACAGUUGCGGGAACUGGAGAGAGGUGUUGAUAUUCUUGUGGCAACUCCUGGAAGAUUGGUAGAUUUGCUGGAGAGGGCUAGAGUUUCAUUACAGAUGAUCAGAUAUUUAGCUCUAGACGAGGCAGAUCGAAUGCUGGAUAUGGGGUUUGAGCCUCAGAUUAGGAAAAUUGUGGAACAAAUGGACAUGCCUCCACCUGGUGAAAGGCAGACUAUGCUUUUCAGUGCUACUUUCCCCAAAGAGAUACAGAGAUUGGCCUCUGAUUUUCUUUCCAAUUACAUAUUUUUGGCUGUUGGAAGAGUGGGCUCGAGUACUGAUUUGAUUGUCCAAAGAGUUGAAUUUGUUCACGAGUCUGACAAAAGAAGCCAUCUCAUGGACCUUCUUCAUGCACAGAGGGCGAAUGGUACACAGGGCAAGCAAGCUCUGACAUUAGUUUUUGUGGAGACAAAGAAGGGAGCUGAUGCACUGGAACAUUGGUUAUGUUCUAACGGUUUUCCUGCAACUACCAUUCACGGUGAUAGAUCACAACAGGAAAGGGAGCAGGCAUUGAGGUCCUUUAAAAGUGGCCACACCCCGAUUUUGGUUGCAACUGAUGUGGCUGCACGUGGUCUUGAUAUUCCGCAUGUUGCCCAUGUGGUCAACUUUGAUCUCCCAAAUGACAUUGAUGAUUAUGUCCACCGCAUUGGACGGACAGGGCGAGCUGGCAAAACAGGUUUAGCAACUGCCUUUUUCAAUGAGAAUAAUGCGUCUAUGGCACGGGCUUUAUCUGAGCUAAUGCAAGAAUCGAACCAAGAAGUGCCUAGUUGGCUGUCCCGGUAUGCAGCCCGAUCUUUUGGUGGAGGGAGGAACCGUCGUUCUGGUGGAGGAGGUAGAUUUGGUGGGCGUGAUUUUAGAAGGGACAGCUCUUUCAGUAGGGGUGGUUCUGAUUAUUAUAGUGGAGGUAACAGCAGUGGUGGGUAUGGUGCUUCUUCUGGUGGAGGGUAUGGUGCUUCUUCUGGUGGAGGGUAUGGUGCAGGGGUGACCAGUGCAUGGGACUAAUUUUCGACUUCUAAAGCAGUUGUGAUGUCUAGUUAAUGGUUGUGAACUUUUGUCUUUUCUUAUAGGGUCAUUUUUCCUCGCCGUCACAUCUUUUUGUUAGUGUUUUAAUUAAGCCUUUGUUUUUCUAUACCGUUAGAGGUGCUUUUAACUUAUGAGGGAGGGGGAUUUUUGCUUGGUAUUGGUGCCACAGGAAUGGGUGUGUAAGUCGGUAGGUGUUAGUGACGAAGUACUAACACAGGGAUUACUUUGCCUUUUUAUUUUUUUGAAAAAAAUUUUAUCUUUCUUUUUUGGUGAUAAUCUUGGUGGGUUAAUGGGUUGUAGAAAUAUGUAGUGGGAGAGGAAGAGGGUUUCUUUCUGCCGCAUCUUGUUAAUCUCAUAGGCAUGUUCUUUUCAACCCAAUAUGUUGGGGGUAUAUUGUUGGGGCUCUGGUUCUGGUAUUUCUUCUUCCCCUUGUCAAGGAUUUUUAAGGCUUCUGUAAGAUUUUGGUUUUGCUGAAAUAAUACAAAGCUCUCUAGUUAGGUGAAUGCAUUA